AUAAAGAAGAUUUAUACAUGCAAAGCUUGCCAAGUUUGAAUUAUAAAUAUCAACAACAACAGCAACAACAAUAAAGUUAUUUAACAUAAUUGCAAUUCUUUAAAACACAACACGCGUUCAGCAUAUAAGCAAAAGUUUGUGAUAUUUUUUAUGAUAUUAGCAAUUAAAGUAUACAACAUAUAAAUAAAGAGAAUUUUGCCUAAUAAUAAUAACAAUAAUAAUAAAUGUGCAACAGCAACAACAACAACAACAACUACAACAACAGCUACAAGAAACGGGCAGCUGCCAUUGGAUAAUGCUUGGAUAAUGCUUGCCAAAGCGCCCUAAACGAAAGAGAAUAUGCCCGAGGCCAUUGCAGCAGCAGUCGACACAUCCUAACUCAACGAGCCGAAUCGCACGCGCCAGGUCGCCCGCAAGAAUCCCCGGCCGCGCAAGGUUAGGCAGCUGAAUAAUCGCCAGAAGGUUGCCAGCAGGACGCCCACGCCACAAAAAGUUGACCUAAUGACGAUGGCAGAAGGCACCGACCCCAUGGGGCAUCAUCAUCACGCCGCCGGCUCGCACAACCCCCACCACUAUCACCACCAUCCGCAUCCGCACCCACAUCCGCACGCGCACCAGCACCACCACCCGGCGCAGUACCACCACCCCAGUCAGCACUACGCGCCCGCGCAGCAGCCGGCGGCGGCGGCGGCAGCUGCUGCCUCCCACUAUGCGAACUACGCCCAGCUGCAGUACCGCCAUCCCAUGCCCCACCAGCACCUGCCGCUGGCCCUCAGYCUGCACCAGCAGGCGGCGGCGGCUGCCGCCUCCGCAGCGGUCGCAGCUGCUGUUGCCAGCGCCGAGCAGCACAACAACAACCAGCCGUUCGUGGCCAACAACAACAUCGUGCCGUGGAAGCAGCGCAAGCGCAAGCGCCUCUCGGCUGUGCUCGACAAGCUCCACCACCACAACAACAACAACAACAACAAUAAUAAUAAUAACAACAACAACAAUACAAAUAAUAAUAACAACAACAACAAUGGCGUCGCCUGCAAAACGGAGCCCAUGGAUAUGGACGAGCGGGACAUCGAAGAGAUGGAGGCCGAUGGAGAGAACGAGGACAACGGCGAUGCAGCGCAUGAUGCCAUGCAGAAACACGAGGCUAACUACAUUAAGCGGGAGCAGCGCGAGGCACUGGCAGCGGCCAGCGAUGAGGAGCAAAUCGAGGCCGAGGCUGAGCUCUCCGCGGAGGAGCUGUCGCACUCGGACCAGGACGAGCAGGAGAGCCCGCGGAUCAGCAUGAGUCCGCUGCAGGUGGCCGCGACGCCCUCCUCGAAGCCAGCUCCCGACAUGGCCACAGAUGCCAAGGAGAACCCGCUGCACGUGGACAUCAAGACUGAGCCCAUGCCAAGCCCGUACGAUCGCUACUUUCCCAUACCCUCGCCGCUGUUUGGCUACUAUCUGCACACCAAGUAUCUGAACGAGGUGUUCCGGCGGCGUCACGAUCUGUACCCCUCGCCGCUGCAGCACACGCCCUCCUCCAUUGCCUCCGAGACGGAGACCUCGCCCACCAGCCAGGGCAAAACGCCGACCAGCAACAGCAACAGCAGCAGCAGCAAUAACAUCAAUGGCAGCCAGCAGCAACAGUUGCUGCCGGGCGUGCUGAUCAAUGCCUCGCCGCCACCCUCGCUGCCCUCGCCGCCGCGCAGCGACUCCUCGGUGACAGCAGCGCAGCCCACGCGGCUCAGCCCGAAGCCGGCCAAGAAGAAGAGCUCCGCCUCCUCCGGCGAGAAGCCCAUGCCGCCGCCGCAGGAGCGUCCAUUGGACCUGUGCAUGCGCAGCGACUUCUUCGGCGACCCGAAGAAGUUCAAGUCGGGCUCGCCGCCUCUGCACGCCGCCAAUGCGUCCAUGAUGCCGCCUCCGGCCGCAUCGAUGAGCGCCGCCAGCAGCCUGGAGAGCAUGAAUGCGCUCUCGCCGGCAUCGAGCACGCACUCGAGCACCUCGCUGACCAGCACCACGCCCACGUCGACCCUGGCGCCGCCCUCGGCAAUGUCGCCGUACGCCAUGACGGCAGCGGCGGCACACGCAGCAGCGGCUGCGGCGGCAGCAGCGAUGAUCAAGAUGGAGAUGCCGAUGCAUCCGCUGCACUCGCACGUGCCCACCACGACGGUAGGCGUGCCGGUGAUCAAGGGGGAUGUGGCCUCGCCCACCACCAAGGAGACGGUGGCCUGGCGCUACAACCUGGACGUGUCGCCGGUGGUGGAGGAGAUGCCGCCCGGCUCGGACGUGGCCUAUGUGUGCCCGACAUGCGGGCAGAUGUUCUCGCUGCACGAUCGGCUGGCCAAGCACAUGGCCUCACGCCACAAGUCGCGCAAUCCCGCCAACGACAUAACCAAAGCCUACUCCUGCGACGUUUGCCAUCGCUCGUUUGCCCGCUCCGACAUGCUGACCCGUCACAUGCGCCUGCACACCGGCGUCAAGCCGUACACCUGCAAGGUGUGCGGCCAGGUCUUCUCGCGUUCCGACCACCUGUCCACGCACCAGCGCACCCACACCGGCGAGAAGCCCUACAAGUGCCCGCAGUGCCCGUACGCCGCCUGCCGUCGCGACAUGAUCACGCGCCACAUGCGCACCCACACACGCUACGAGUCGCGUGGCUCCGGAGGCGGCGGUGGUGCUGGUGGGGGCAACCGGGGCGAACAGGCCAAGUCACCGAUGCCGCUGCUGGACAUGAAAAUGAACAUGAAUCUGCCACUGCUGCUGCAGCAGGAGGAGCUGCUGCAGAAGUCGCCCCUCGGCAUGGGCGGACCCAUGCCCAUUGUGGUAAAGACGGAGAGUGCCUAACGGUACCUCUACGCGGCCGCGGCUAGACAGUUCAUGACCUUCUAGAAGAGUCACUAGAGUUGCCCAGCUUAGUGCCAGUCGAGCCCAUAGAUCAGUUGUAGCUUCCCGCUACGCACAACUCUGAAAAUCUCUCUGCGAAGACUGAGAACCUAAUUACUACCUACUGUUAAAGGCUUAGGUUUACACACACACACACACGCACGCACAUAGACACACGUAUAUAUGUAUGUGUUUAUAUAUAUAAAUUAAAGUUAAAG